CAUGUAUGCAUCAUACAUUCUGUAUUCAGUAAACCACUAUGGCUGAAUAAGGUAGUUAUUUAUUACGCCCAAUAUCUGAGUUAGUGCUCCAUUACAAUGGGGAUUUUUAGAUCAGGUGGAGGAUAGACUUUUACGGAGUACUUUGGAAAACUGUCGAAGCCGCGAAGACCGCAGGGCGAUGUCAGAGAGUCAGAGGGCCAGCGCAGGAUUUGCUAUCAAUGGACUCAAUGAAUGGUUGGGGGAAACAAGGAUCCGCUUUAGACUUCCAGGACCAAGUGGCACGGUUCAAUCAAGGGAAAGGUACCGAGAAUGAUUACAGCAAAUCAUUCUCACCCAAAGGGGUGGAGUGGAGCUUACAUGUUGCAAAUCAUUACCCGCACAUGUCGUCGUAGGCGUUUUCUCCCUUUUCCUCUUUUUCCUUUUUGUCUGUCUUCGGAAAUGGGUACCACAUUCCAUCCUUUUCCCCCCAUCCUGUUCAUGAAAAUGUCUUUAACCCGCCUUCUCCUGCAAUGAAAUAGCGAUACUGUUAAAUGAAUAUGCUCCAUUGAGUAGGGCAAAAUGGACACAUCCGUCCCCCUCUCUCGUUAUUGGCAAUAAUAUGAUGUAGUCCCUCGUCAUCCCUCUGCAUACUCGCCACGAUCUUCGUAGGGUCUCACAAAAACAAAAUAUGAUUGUAGGUCCACAGCC